AUUGAAACACCUUUUGCUUUUCCCACAGAUGCUUAUCCAGCUAACAAAAAUGAAAUAAAUAAAAAAAAUCCCUAGGAGUUAACUAAUAGUGCUUUAGGUGAAAUUGUACGUAAAUGUUUUGGAAAGUCCCAGUGUUUAUUCACCCAUCAUGCCUGUCAAGCUGUGAGUAGGAGGACUGAGGUUACUGCAGGCGGGAACAAGGUUGGGUGACUAAGACUCCACUCCGCUUAAAUACAACCCCAGCCAGAAACACAACACAGAGACCAUUCCAAGAGCCACCAUUCACAAAAAAGAAGCAUCACCGGAGAAGAUAAAUCUUGCUGAUCUUCAAAGAAUCUUUCAAUUUUUCCUUUUGUAAGGUUUUGCAAACCUUUUUUUUAACCUUUUUGUUAGUCGACUAWAGGUUUCAUCAUGAGAUGCUGCACUUUAGUUGUGUGUUUGCUGUUGGGGAUAAGCGUGCAGAACGGAUGGAGCGUUCCCCUGAAGUCGGUCUUUGUCACCUUCCCAGGAGACAUCAUCAGAAACAUGACUGAUAUGGAGCUGGCAGAGAGUUAUCUAAAGAAGUUCGGCUACAUGAACACGGUCCAGCGCAGUGGCUUUCAGUCCAUGACGUCCACAGACAAGGCCCUGAAGAGGAUGCAGAGACAGCUAGGCCUGGAGGAGACCGGACAGCUAGAUAAGAAGACACUGGACGCCAUGAAAAAACCUCGUUGUGGCGUUCCUGAUGUUGCCAACUACAAAACCUUCGAUGRGGACCUCAAAUGGGACCAUAAUGAUAUUACUUAUAGGAUCAUGAACUACUCUCCAGACAUGGAAAGCUCUCUGAUUGACGACGCCUUUGCAAGAGCCUUCAAGGUGUGGAGCGACGUGACCCCUCUGACUUUCACACGCCUCUUUGACAGCACAGCUGACAUCAUGAUAUCAUUUGGAAAAGCUGAACACGGGGAUCUAUACCCAUUUGAUGGUAAAGAUGGCCUUCUGGCUCACGCCUAUCCUCCUGGUGAGGGGAUACAGGGAGAUGCCCACUUUGACGAUGAUGAGUUCUGGACUCUGGGAAAAGGACCAGCUGUGAAGACCAUUUAUGGAAACGCUGAAGGCGCCAUGUGUCAAUUCCCCUUCACCUUUGAGGGCCGAUCCUACACCUCCUGCACCACCGAGGGCCGUACAGACAACCUGCCCUGGUGCUCAACCACAUCUAAUUACGACAAAGACAAGAAAUUUGGCUUCUGCCCGAGUGAACUUCUGUACACAUUCGGAGGGAACGCAGAUGGAGCUGCGUGUGUUUUCCCCUUCACAUUCCAGGGGACAAAGUAUGACAGCUGCACCACAGACGGCCGCAACGACCGCUACCGGUGGUGUGCCACCACAGCCAACUUUGACACGGACAAGAAAUAUGGAUUCUGUCCCAGCCGUGACACAGCUGUAAUUGGAGGGAAUUCUGAGGGWGAGCCCUGCCACUUUCCUUUUGUGUUUCUGGGAACGGAGUACAACUCAUGUACAAGUGAGGGGAGAGGAGAUGGCAAGCUGUGGUGCAGUACUACUGGCAACUAUGAUGGAGACAAAAAAUGGGGGUUUUGUCCUGACGAGGGUUACAGUCUGUUUCUGGUGGCAGCCCACGAGUUUGGCCACGCCCUCGGCUUGGAUCACUCCAGCAUCAGAGAAGCUCUCAUGUAUCCCAUGUACAUCUACAAAGAAGAAUCCCCUCUGCACCGAGAUGACAUAGAAGGCAUCCAGUUUCUCUAUGGAAGUAAAACAGGCCCUAACCCCACUGAACCUGAGCCCGACACCCCUAGCACCACUACUUACCCAGACCCGGAUGWGACCGACCCCACAGAUGAACCUGAACCCACCGAUGAGACCCUCCCCACCAGCCCAUCYACCGUGGAUCCCACCAAAGAUGCCUGCAAGAUGCUCAAAUUUGACACCAUCACUGUGAUAGAGGGAGAGCUACRUUUCUUCAAAGAUGGACAUUUCUGGAAUGUGCCCAGUCGUGGCGAUGCAGGACGCAAGGGACCUCUGUCUAUCUCUGAGAGAUGGCCAGCUCUGCCAGCUGUCAUUGACUCUGCCUUUGAGGAUGUUCUGACCAAGAAAAUAUACUUCUUCUCAGGAACCAGAUUCUGGGUKUACACAGGGAAAAGUGUCCUGGGUCCCCGCAGCAUUGAGAAACUGGGUCUGCCCAGCAACGUUCAGAAAGUUGAGGGAGCGCUGCAGAGGGGGAAGGGCAAAGUUCUGCUCUUCAGCGGAGAAAACUUCUGGAGGUUGGAUGUCAAGACUCAAAAGAUUGAUCAGGGCUAUCCCAAAUAUACUGAUGCUGUGUUUGGUGGCAUCCCCAAUGAUGCUCAUGAUGUUUUCCAGUACAAAGGUCACAUGUACUUCUGCAGAGAUCGUUUCUACUGGAGGAUGAACGCCCGGCGGCAGGUGGACCGCGUUGGCUACGUGAAAUACGACCUGCUGAGAUGCCCAGAGAGCUCAGGCAUUCACUACUGAGYCGUUUGCACAGACGAGCUGGAAUCUGUCUGCGAUGUUGUGGCAGCCACUUCUCUCUGCGCGUGGGAGAAAGUGAAUGCAGUGUCUGCAUAUCGUGCCUGUUGUACGAUGUCUGUGCUUUCUGGAAUGUGAAUAAUUGGCCUUUGAAGUGGGCUAAUUAUAAUUAUUCAGUAUUGACCUACAUGUAAGUCAAAGGUCCAGAACUGGAAAGCAAACGCACCUUUUUUUUUACACUGCUCAGCCCUGAUAAUUUGUGAACUGAUGACYGUGGGGACCUUAAAUUUAAGACCCACAACUAUAACUUAAACACAYGCAGUCUGGAUCAGUGUCCAGAUUUGCAGAUUAAAUUCUCUGUCUGACAGGUUCAGACUCUAGACAGUAUUGAAAUAUUUUGGUAUUUAUAGCAAAAUCUUAAGUUAAUAUUAUUUUUUGUGUCUGGGGCUUAAUUGUUUUGUGUGAUUAUAUGUGCCUUUCUAAAAAUGGCCUCACAGCUAAAUCCUUGCAUUGGAAGACAAUCCAUGUCUCCUUCUCUGAAAUUAUUUAUGAAGCAUAAACUUUUUGUAAUAAAGUUUUAACUUUCGAUGCAAUAAAAUAUUUUGU